UUUUUGGCCAGGAAAUAUUGGCCAUCAAAAGGCGUGCGUGCCAAGAUCUCAUUGUGAUUUUUGUCCCCCUAAAAUAACAGCCAAAGAAUUUUAAUUAUUUCAAAUAUUGUCAAUUAAUAUUAAAUUUAUUCAAAAAAAAUCGGGAGGUGGGAAAAAAAUAAUUUAUAAAUUUGACGACAUUCGCCUAUUUCAUUUUAUAAUUAAAUUUCUGUGCACAGGUUUUCUGGAAAAUGUUCUUUCUGGCUACAGCAGGUAAAUAUGAGAUGUAUUUUUGGCUGUAUUGAUUUUCUAAGAUAUACAAGUGAUUUGUUAGACGGGAUUGGAAGUUGUAACAUGACAGCUUUUGUUAAAACAAGACAUACACAUUUAUCUAUGUAUUUACUUUUUGGAACAAUUUAGUGAAUAUUAAAGAAAUAGGCGACGACUGAAAAUCAAAUUUGACCAAUUCUGUCUCAAUAUUAUAAACUAGAUUAAUCAAUAACAAAUAAACCAAUCUUAAUGAGAACUAACUAACAAGUCCCUGGUAUGGCUAAGAGAAUUCACUGAAUUUCUGUUGUUUUUUUUGUAUUAGUUAAAUAAUUUAUUAUAAAUGUCUUGUGUUCAAAUUGUUUUAUUUAUGUGCUGAAAAGGUACAAUGCAGUCAAAACACAUUUUCAUUUGUUUGAAUCAAUAAAAGAAUCUUAUCUCAUCUUAUCUUAUUAGCUCAUUACAUUCCCUUUAAACCUAUAACUAUAUGUCCCCCUUACAGCUACAUAUCACAAUACAACUACACUACAUGUCACACAACUACAUGUCACAAAACAAUUAGAUGUCACAAUGCCACUACAUAAUAAAUAUGUAGUCUUCCUGAUUCAUCCCGUGUAUAUUCCUCAACUUGGAGGACGGGUCAUGUUAAAGGGUCCUUCUGUCAUUGGUAAUGUCGGAUAUUAGUGGUAAUAUUAGGUAUAGUGGUAAUGUUGGGUAUAGUGGUAAUGUUGGGUAUAGUGGUAAAUUUGGACAUAGCGGUAAUGUUGGGUAUAGUGGUAAUGUUGGGUAUAGUGGUAAUGUUGGGUAUAGUGGUAAUGUUGGGUAUAGUGGUAAAUUUGGACAUAGCGGUAAUGUUGGGUAUAGUGGUAAUGUUGGGUAUAGUGGUAAUGUUGGGUAUAGUGGUAAUGUUGGGUAUAGUGGUAAUGUUGGGUAUAGCGGUAAUGUUGGGUACAGUGGUAAUGUUGGAUAUAGUAGUAACCUUGGAUACAGUGGUAACCUUUGAUAGUCUUACCGAGUUUUGAAUAGUCUAGUUGUUCCAUCUGACCUUAGACAAGUCGUAUUAGUUUCUGGUAAACGAACGAGCCAAGCAACUCGUUACAUCGCGAAUCAUCGUCAGUGGAGUAGUUGGAGUUUGGGACUCCCGGGGCGUCUCUCAACUUUUGCGCCCCUAACACACACCACGAUGAAUACAGUUUACGCCUACAAAAUAAGUUAUUGGAAAGUAUAUAAAAAUGGAUCUAAAAUGUCUCCCUAAAAUAAGUACCACCCGCAUCUCAAAUGCCCGGACUUGAAGUGGUUGUAGCUGUGUUUCUUAAGUACUGUCCUCAAUAAGUGUUGCCGACGCCUUUAAAAAUCUGACACUACAAUGGCUGACCACACGCCUAUACAAAUAUGACACUACGAUGGUUCUCCUAACAGCUCACAGUUAAUCUAAACACAAUGGCUCACCUAACACAUUUAAAUAUCUGAUACCCCAUUGGUUCACCUAACACAUUGAAAUAUCUGAUACCCCAUUGGUUCACCUAACACAUUUAAAUAUCUGAUACCCCAUUGGUUCACCUAACACAUUUAAAUAUCUGAUACCCCAUUGGUUCACCUAACACAUUUAAAUAUCUGAUACCCCAUUGGUUCACCUAACACAUUUAAAUAUCUACUACUCCAUUGGUUCACUUAACACAUUUAAAUAUAUACUACCCCAUUGGUUCACCUAACACAUUUAAAUAUCUACUACCCCAUUGGUUCACCUAACACAUUUAAAUAUAUACUACCCCAUUGGUUCACCUAACACAUUUAAAUAUCUACUACCCCAUUGGUUCACCUAACACAUUUAAAUAUCUAAUACCCCAUUGGCCAUUGGUUCACCUAACACAUUUAAAUAACUAAUACCCCAUUGGCCAUUGGUUCACCUAUCCCUCUUCUGGCCUUGUUAAAAACCAAUUCUUAAAAAUAAAAACAUCGACUAGAACAAAAACUUCUAAGACAAAAAACAAUAUGUGCAAUGUAAUCAAAAGGAAGUUCCAUUUAUUUAAAUUUUUAAAAUGGCAUUUUGGCUAUCAGAUCCAUUUUUUUUUUUAACCUGUAUUUUGAUUCUUAUUCCUUUACUGAUUUGCAUUUUCUGCGCGUGCUUCUUUUUUUCUUCCAGCGUCCAUCUUGAGUCUUGUGACGUCACAGGCUAACUUGUGCUCGGCCCCCAACGGCGACUUCCCCAAUCCCAGCAGCGAGCAGUGCACCACGUUCUUCCGGUGCAUCCAGGGCGUGCCGUCCCUCCUGCGAUGCCCAGCCAAUCAGCGUUUCGAGUUUCUGUUCAGGGUGUGUCGCCCGCAAGCCCAAGUGGAUUGCAACCGGUAAGACCGCGUGUAUUGAAAGCCGCUGGGCAUUCCCAAUAAAGACGAAUAUAUAGUAUAACUUUUUAGUUCAGCUGCUCAAGUGCAAUGUUUCUCAAAGUGUGGUACGCGUAUCCCUGUUGGUACGGGAAGAGUUUGGUGUAGGUAAGCACUGCAAAUGACAAAAACAUUUUUUUUUAUUGUUAUUAAAGUAUAUGACAAAGGUACUCAGGUCGACAUGGCAAUUCUCGACUUCUCCAAGGCUUUCGACACUGUUCCACUCAGCCUUCUUCUACAUAAGCUCCACCACUACGGCAUUACAGGCAAUCUUUACUCCUGGCUCUCAACAUUCCUAACACAACGUACCAUGCAAGUAAUGGUGGACGGCGUCCAAUCAGGGAAAGCCACCGUAGACUCAGGAGUUCCACAAGGCACAGUUCUGGGCCCCCUUCACUUUCUCUGUCACAUAAACGACCUACCCGAUACAGUAAAUUCUCAAGUGAGGCUGUUCGCUGAUGACUGUCUUAUCUACAGAGAGAUAAACAGCAACGAUGACCACAACCACCACCAAACAGAUUUGAAGUGCCUUAUGAAUUGGGUGGACAAAUCGGGCAUGAAAUUUAAUGGGACCAAAUGCUACACUAUAAAAUCUCAAGAAAAAAAAAACAUCAACUCAUAUUUACUCACUAAACGAGACAAUCCUCCAACAAGUAUCCAAUAGUCCAUACCUUGGAAUUCUUUUCUCAAAUAACCUAAAAGGGUUACACCUAUAAAAACAAAAUUUCAAAAAAAGCCAACUCCACCCUAGGUUUCAUCCGAAGAAAUCUGCGCCACGCCUAACUUCCUGCAAACCAAAUGCCUAUCUCGCACUCGUCCGUCCACUACUGGAAUAUGGUGCGAUCAUCUGGGACCCACACCUUAAGCAAGACGUGGACACGAUGGAGCGAAUUCAACGUAAUGCGGUGCGUUUUAUCGCUCGAGACUACAAAUGCACCACUCCUGGCUUGUCACUGGCCUCUUAAAAAGAUUUGACAUCCCCCCUCAAAGAAAAACGAGAGGGACUCCGCCUGAUAUUCUUAUAUGAAGUGAUCAUGGGACUGGUGCCAGCCAACUCAGCAGGCACGUACCUCACCCCACAGAAGCCGGGUAGACUGAUCAGAGUAAAACGCUCACUGAACACUGACUUCACCACUGACAUUCCCAUAAACAAUUACACCAGAAACAAUAGCAAAUGCUUCAAAGUGCCUCAGUGCAACACAGUGAAGUAUCAACAAUCUUUCUUCCCACGUACAAUAAUAGCAUGGAACCAACUGAACAAUGCCACUGUGAACUCGACAUCGGUCGAAAGCUUCAAGGCUGUCCUGGCAUCACCUAGGAGCUGUUAGAAUAGCAACAUCAUAUCCCCAACCGUUGCAAAGAUGCCAGUACAUGGAUGCAGCAACGAAACAUUACCAGAACCAGUAUGUAAAUUAUUUUUUUUUUUAACUAGGGGUACUCAGUGGUACAAAAAUUACAGACAGUGGUACACAGAUGUCGAAAGUUUGGGAAACACUGCUCUAGUACUUGAACACGAUAGAAGACUACGAUGAUAACAGAUUAAAAUAUUAUUGAUGGUAUGAUAACAUUUCUAACAUUGAUUAGUUACUCAAAUGAGUUAAUUGUCAACUUUUCAGACAACUUGAGGUCUUUGCCGCCCCGACAGGCCUGGGGGCUUUAGGUGGACUUCCGGGUCUAGGUGGACUUCCGGGUCUAGGUGGACUUCCGGGCCUUGGUGGCCUUCCGGGUCUUGGUGGGCUAGGAGGAGGAGGAGGCGGCGGCAUCGCUGGACUUGGGGGACUGGGUGGAGCCGGACUUGGGGCGGGGCUUCCUAAUCAAGGACUAAUCAACUUACUCACCCAGUUGGACGGCGAUGGUGAUGGACAGAAUCCCAACACGGGAUUGGCUACUGUGUUGGCGCUGUCCGCCAUCAUGAACCAGAGAGUAAGUGAUUGGGGAUUACAGGGGUAUGAACCAGAGAGUAAGUGAUUGGGGAUUACAGGGGUAUGAACCAGAGAGUAAGUGAUUGGGGAUUACAGGGGUAUGAACCAGAGAGUAAGUGAUUGGGGAUAACAGGGGUAUGAACCAGAGAGCAAGUGAUUGGGGAUUACAGGGGUAUGAACCAGAGAGUAAGUGAUUGGGGAUUACAGGGGUAUGAACCAGAGAGUAAGUGAUUGGGAUUACAGGGGUAUGAACCAGAGAGUAAGUGAUUGGGGAUUACAGGGGUAUGAACCAGAGAGUAAGUGAUUGGGAAUUACAGGGGUAUGAACCAGAGAGUUAUUGAUUGGGGAUUACAGUGGUAUGAACCAGAGAGUAAGUGAUUGCAGAUUAAGGGGAUGUGAACCAGGGAGUACGUGAUUGGGGAUUACGGGAAUAGGGAUAUGAACCAGAGAGUAAGUGAUUGGGGACUCAAUCUCAAACCUUGCUAUUAACAUCACAUCUCACCUUUGCUAUUUCCAUCACAUCUCUCACAGAAUGGCGGCCAACAGCAACAACCGGGUUUCCCAGGGGUGUUCCCCAACCAGUACCCACCGGCGCCACCCGUCUUUGCUGCACCAAACACCCAAUGGCAACAGCCCCAGGCCUUCGCUAGCCCCGGCAACCCACCAGGGGUCUUCAGCCAGGGGACGCCGUUCACAACAGAAGACGGGAGGACAUUCGUGGUUGUGCCUCAGGUAAAAUAGUAUUCUUUCUAUGCAAGUGGUUCUCAAAGUGUUGAGGCUAAACACUAGGCACUGGUCCCACAUCACUUUGAAUGACCUCAUCAAAAUCAUCGUAAAAAAAACUUUAUAUUUAUUAAUUUAUUAAUUUAUUCAUUUAUUAAUUUAUUAAUUUAUUAAUUUAUUAAUUUAUUAUUAAUUUAUUAAUUUAUUAAUUUAUUAAUUUAUUAAUUUAUUAAUUUAUUAAUUUAUUAAUUUAUUAAUUUAUUAAUUUAUUAAUUUAUUAAUUAAUUUAUUGAUUUAUUAAUUUAUUAAUUAAUUAAUUUAUUAAUUUAUUAAUUUAUUUAUUUAUUUUUAUUUAUUUAUUUAUUUAUUUACAUUUAUUAAUUAAUUAAUUAAUUUAUUUAUUUAUAUUAUGUAUAUUGUAAGUAUCCACAAUUCAAUACUAGGAGGUUUUGAACUUUCUAUAAUAUUCCUUUUGGGGCCGGGGGCCCUAGAUUUUUUUCUUCCUUAAAUAAUCUAUAUAAGUAAUAUUACCAAGACAUACUCCUACAUGAAUGGAUGGAUCUCAACCCAAACUUAUAACUCAUACAUUUUAUUAACUAUAUUCAAAUACCGAAGGGUACUGAACUCAUAAUACCCACUCCUUUGGAUUCACUUGCCCUUAUAUAAGCUUUAUAAAUACCACCAGCCUUGGACAACACUAUAAGCUAUAUGUGAAUUGAUGGAUCUUGGCCCAGCUUGAUAGCAAGACCUUUCAUACCCACCGAGAUCGGGAUCCCAAUGAGAACGGAAGCCCAUCGGGAUUGGGGCCCCAUCGGGAUUGGGGCCCCAUGGGGAUAUGAUCGGGAAACGGGAUCCCAUCAGGAAUGGGAUACCUACAGGGUCGGGAACGUAUCCCUUCGAGGAAACGUGAUACCAAUGAAGCGGGAUCCCAAUGAAUGUUUUUCGCAACGAAAUGGUAUCACAUUUGGGAACGGGAUCCUAAUGGGAACUGGAUCCAUUCAUACAUGUAGGAGUAUUUCUUGGCAAUGAUAUUCAAAUAGCUCAUAUAAGACAAAGGGGGUAUAUAUAUAUAUAUAUAUAUAUAUAUAUAUAUAUAUAUAUAUAUAUAUUAUAACACACACAUAUUGUGCGUGCACAUUACAGGAAUAGAUAUAUAUUAUAAUAUAUAAAAAUAAAUAUAUAUAUCGCGCUAUAUAUAUACAUUAGGAGUAUUUCUUGGAAAUGAUAUUCAAAUAGCUCAUAUAAGACAAAGGGGGUAUAUAUAUAUAUAUAUAUAUAUAUAUAUAUAUAUAUAUAUAUAUAUGGUACAACACAGCCAUUUUGCGCGUGCACCUUACGGGAAUAGAUGGAUAAUAUAAUAUAAAAUAAUAAUUCCAGAUGGCGCUCCAUAUAUCCACAAUGCUUAGCUGUGUUGACUCUAUAGGGAUGCAUUUGUUGCACGACGGGGAAGUGCUGAAUGAGAACGCAUCGCGGUGCGCAGUGAGAGUGUGGCGGACGAGUCCACUCGGGAAUUUGUUUUUUAAGACAUAUAUUUGUCUAUGUGGUUCUCUACAUAUGAUCUAUAUAUUCUUAUCUAUACCUAUUUAUUUACUUUCUAAACACGUCGUUGUUUCUUUUAGUUCGCCAAUCUGCAACAACACCCUGGUCCCUUUCAAGGUCAAGGAAACCUACCUUUCGAAGGUCAAGGUAAUCAAGGUCACCGCCAAGGCCAGAGGCAGCGGAACAACUUUGCUCAGAGGCAACACCAGGGUCAGGGCAAUGGACAGGGGCAACCUCUCGGCCAAGGCAACGGACAGGGGCAGCUCCUUGGACAAGGUCAGGGUAUCGGGCAAGGUCAACUCCUAGGACAAGGUCAGGGUAACGGUCAGGGUCAACUCCUCGGACAAGGUCAAGGUCAAAACGUCAUGGCGCAGGCUCAGCUACAGAAUCUCCUAAACUUUCUGACUGAAGACAACGAAACUCCCGGUGGCAACAGCACCGCAACGGCUUGAGAUCACCCGUUGUAGCCGAACCCUACAGCGGUGCUCACAUGGGCGUCAGGGUGGCCAGUUCAAUCAAAAAACUAAUUUAGUGACAAAUAUUCCAAAUCUCCACGAUUUUACGGGGAAAAAGCAAUUAUUUUACAGAACUUUUGAUAUAAAAUUUGAUGUUUUUUUUUUACUUUAAUUUUUUUUAAUAACUCAAAUAUCGGAAUAAGCAUAUGAGUACGUUAUAUCAUUAUGAUUAUUUGUCAUAUUAUGAUUAUAUGUCAUAUGAGCAUGGUGCAUGAGCCAAUUUUUUUAGCCUUGGUUGGUCUGGUCAGCUGCUCUUUAUUUCUCCUGCUAACGAUUGUACAAGAUUGGUUUAAAGCAAACAAGAAGAAAUCACAUUUGCUGAGAUUUCCAGUUUUUUUGUCUCCAUUUUUACGUACUUUCACGGACAAGUGAGUUUGGGUUGGCAACUCUGGUGGGCCUCAAUACAACAUUUCGGUCACAAAAAGCUUAUUGUACGAUGGUUAAGGUCAUUUGCUAAGAUGUAGCCAGAUGUAGCUACUACAAAUGAUAUUAAGCUAUUUGAUUCUCUCGUGAAGAUAUGCAUUAGUCCCCUGGGUGGGUUGUUUUUAAACAUUCAUUUCAGUUAUUUAGCGACUAACUUGUAUACUAAAGACGCCUAGGGUUUGAACACAUCAUCUCAUCAAUAGCUUGCACACGCUGGAACAUAAAAAUCAUGUGACUUGCUUAAAAAUAGUUUUCCUGAUCACAUGACGUCUUUUGUUCAAGGACGUAAUGAAUCUGCACACCGCGCCCACGAGUACUUCUGUUUUUCAUGAAGAACAUAAACAUACAUUUUUAAAUCAUUUAUCUGAUAAUCAUAUUCUGAAAAUAGAAUUUUACCAUUAUUUCAUAUUUGAUGGUGACUGCUAACCCCACUAGCUCAUUCAAUUUCCUUCCAGUUUUUGUCUUCACAAUAAAAUCAGUAUUUUAGCGAUGGUUGUAUUAUUAUUAUGUCGUUAGUUUGUUUCGUUAGUGUCUGCUAAACACACAUAACAAUGUAUGUAGAGGGCUUCGGGGAAGCUGAGAGAAAUAAAUAGAAGAAUGAUGUGGGUGAAACGUGAAGAGGGAUGUUGACAAAAAAAAUAUUGAACAUUUCAUGAACAGGGAAAUGUUUUUACAAGUUUUAAGUCCAAGUCUUGGAGCAAAGGCAGGUGUCAACAAGGGAGACAAAAAGAUAAAGUGAUGUCAUGAUUUUGUCAUGAGUGCUUGGACAUGGCUAAUGAGAAAAAGAAAUGAAUUACUUGAUUUUAUUUUUUUGUUACAAAAUGCCUUUCAGACAGAAAGUGGAAUAUUAAAAACAAUAUUACAAUUUUUUUCAAAAAAAAAUUGUGAUUUCUAUCAGUAAGCAAUAAGUCACUAUGAUUAUUCUGAUAUCCAAUAUCUUUAUUAUUUAAACAUGAUUAGUUGAACAGAACUCUGUGAAUUGGGGGGGACAUAGGAAAAAAUGGGAAUAUUGUAAUAGAACACAACAUAAAAUUAUCAUCUGUGUAAGGUUGAACAUGUUAAGAAAUGUUCAAUAAAUAUUCUGCAACACACAAAGAAAGUUUUCCUUGAUUCAUAUUCAUACACAGUCUCAUUCAUACGCACAAAGAAAAUUAAUUUCUUAAGAUUCUAACAAUCAUCUUUUAACAAUCACUUUUGGAGAAAGAAACAAAUUGAUCAAUUUUUUUCCCUCUUGAUUGUAUUUUCAUUUUUAGUAGCAUUGGAACAAAAGCAAAUUUAAUUUAAUUGGUCACAUAAAAUUAAACCAAAAUUACACCCAAUCAAAUCAUGCUUGGAUCAGUCAGUGUGUUGUACAGAUGCCAUGCUAUCUUGAACAUACAUAUGGUGUACACAGGACACAUCUCAUUGCCCCUAUGUCCAUGAUUACUUUCUUGCCAGUAUUAAAACCCGUCUUAAGUCAUGUGUACAUUUUAAUUCACAUGUUAGGCUGAAGUCAACUUUAUAGCUGACGUAAGCUUUACAGCUGAAGUCAUGCAUGUAAAAUCUAGUUAGAGAAGAAGAAAAAAAUCUCAUUCAGUUAGCUGUGGCAACCCUACAGGCAACCAACCUAAAAGAAUCAUCUAUACAGUUACAUUGACAACCUCAAUUCACCUGCAGAAAGUAGAUUAUCUAAUCACUCUUUCUAGUGGUGCACCGAGUUUAUAUUAAAAAUGUCUUCGGUGUACCGUAUCUGACACAGUAAAAAAUUUGCUGAACCAUUUCUGACACUGUCAAACAUUCGGUGAACCAUUUCUAACAGUCAAACAUUCGGUGAACCAUUUCUGACACAGUCAAACAUUCGGUGAACCAU